UGCUGCCGCCUGGACCUUUAAAAAGCCGCGGGGCCGAGCGCUCCGGGCGCUGCCGGACGAGCCGAGCGGAGCCGGUGGAGCCCCGGCUGCCGGGCCCUUCUCCCAUGCGCCUGCCGAGCAUGUCCCAGUCCUUGCUGCUGGCGCCCAUCGCCGAGUGCCCCCCGGGGCCGCCCGGAGCCCAGCUCCGCCUGGCCGUGCUGGGUGCCCGCGGCGUCGGCAAGAGCGGUGAGUGCGGGGCUGCCCUCCCCUUCCCCCGUCCGUCCGUCCGUCCGUCGGUCCCGCCUAACGCGGCGCUCUGUGUUUCAGCCAUGAUCGUGCGGUUCCUGACCAAGCGCUUCAUCGGGGACUACGAGCCCAACACAGGCAGCCUCUACUCCCGGCUCGUCCACCUGGACGGGGACCACGUCGCCCUGCAGAUCCAGGACACGCCGGGAUGCAUCCAGGCGCAGGAGGACUGCGUGCAGGUGCCGGACUCCCUGUCCAGGUGUGUGAAGUGGGCAGAGGGCUUCCUGCUGGUCUACUCCAUCACGGACUACAGCAGCUACCGGUCAGUGCAGCCUCUCCACCAGCACAUCCGCAAGCUGCACCCCGAUGCCAGGACUCCCAUCAUCAUCGUGGGGAACAAAGCAGACCUCCUCCACGCCAGGCAAGUGCAGGCAAAAGAGGGACUACAGCUGGCAGAUGAACUGGGCAGCCUGUUCUUGGAAAUCUCCACCAGUGAGGACUCCCAAGGUGUCUGUGAUGUCUUCCAGUAUCUUUGCAAGGAGGUCAGCAAACUGCAGCAUGCCGGCAGCACGGACAGGAGGCGGUCAUCCAUCAUCCCUCGGCCCAAAUCUCCCAACAUGCAGGAUCUAAAGAGACGUUUCAAACAGGCUUUAUCUCCCAAAGUCAAGUAAACCUCCCAAUGAGGUCCUGUGGGACUCAAUAGAAUUUAUUUUUGUAAGCUAGUAAAUAAAAAUCUUUAUUUUUGUACUAAUGCCAGCCGUGUAGAAGUAUGUCAAAGCUUGCAAUUUCCUUGCUGUUCUCUCAUUUGACUGGUUGGGCUAUUUUUGAAAAACAAAACAAACAAAAAAGCUGCAUAGCAACUAAAUAGAAGUAGUUGGAAACUUUUGCCAGGAGGCUUUGAUUCCAUUUCAUUUUUGUGGGGACUGGGAUUUUCUGUAUUAAGCUACUCAUGAUUUUCUUUAGAGAAGCCCAUUUCUUGUCUGUAAAAUGGGAGUGUUAAUGAUGUAAAUCAUUACCUGCCUUUAUACAAUGCUUGGAAAGCUCUUGGUGGAAAACUUUGUAGGAGAUAAAAAAAAAGCUCUAUUAAACAUGAAAAGAU